CGUCAACAAGAAAUUGCAUUGACUUGUUUGGUUCACCUGGCCACUCGUCUGUCGUCAUAGUCCGCCGGCAGGAUGGACUUCGGCGCCGAAUCGCCGCCGCCAUUUCUCUCGACGGGAGUAACGCCGGGGGAAAAAAUAUACAGAGCAGUCUCGUCAGUCUACAAUUCUCUACCGAAGAAAGGAAAGCCUCAAGGCCGGGAAGUCACCGUGUUGGCUGCCUUUCUCAUUUCUUCUCCACAUCGCGAACUGGACGUUGUUUCGCUUGGAACUGGGACGAAAUGCAUUGGGCGCUCUCGCCUGAGUUCAAAUGGCGACGUUGUUAACGACUCUCACGCUGAAAUUGUAGCCAGAAGAGCUCUUAUGAGGUAUUUAUAUGCAGAGGUUAAGCGUCUUACUGAUGGUUAUCAUAGUCAUACAUGCAACCCUGGGAUGGAAAUAGGGAAUGGUGUUGGCGACCAAAACUCUCUGUUCAAUUCAAUAAGAGAUGAUUCUGGAAGAAGACGAUUGGUGAUGAAGCCGGGUUGGGAAUUACAUCUGUACAUAUCACAAUUUCCGUGCGGAGAAGCCUCACCGAGUUCAGAACUUGCUCACCUAAGAGAGAGUCAUUCAAUGACUGACAAUCACCAUUAUUCCCCAUUAGAGCUCAAUGGAACAGUUGAAGGAGAACAUUCAAUGGUUAUUGGCACAGUUUUGAGGAAGCCAGGUCGUGGAAAUACGACUUUGUCAGUCAGCUGCUCUGAUAAGAUUGCCCGGUGGAAUGUUGUUGGAGUUCAAGGUUUCUCACACACUCUUUCUUUUUUGGAACUAAAAACCUAUUUGAUUCAAUGUGUUUUGGUUAGAUGAUUUUAAACUAGUAUGUCGUCCCAAUCACCUCUGUGUUGGUCGAAAGGGGAGUAUUGAGUCUAUUGACUGUUGAGUAUCUCGCAUUGAUUGGCUUGUGCGUUUGUGUUAAUAUUUAAGUGUGAGGUAAUCCUCACUUCUUAGAAUCAAUUUAACAUGACAUCUUCCCUUGAUCUUGUCCUUGAGCUUAUAAUACGUUGGGGAGUGUUUGCCACUUGACGGUUUAGGGCAACUUGAUGGAGGUCAGUUCUGAUCCAUUUGUCCACCCGUCAAUUGCUCUGCCUGGUUUGUGUUGAUGUGGGGCAUGGAGCACUACUUUCUUACUUCAUGGAGCCAGUUUACAUUUCUUCAAUAACAGUUGGACAAUCACCUAUAAACUCUGACAAUUCCAACAUUGAAGAACGAAUGAAGAGAGCUGUGUAUGACCGGCUUCUACCAUUAUCAUCCAAGAUUAUGUCUCCCUAUGAAGUGAAAAAGCCAAUUUUCAUGGUAGCUCCGAUUCCGUCAACCGAGUUUCAGCACUCUGAAACUGCCUCAGCCACCUUAACAUGUGGGUACUCCAUAUGUUGGAACAAGUUGGGUUUGCAUGAAGUAAUUCUUGGUACCACUGGAAGGAAGCAAGGCACCUCUGCAAAAGGAGCAUUCUCUCCAUCCACCGAGUCAUCUGUGUGCAAGAAGCGCCUUUUGGAGCUGUUUUGCUCAAUUUAUCGUGAUAUGCUGGAUCAACAUGCUCCGUGUGAAACCUCUUAUCAAGAACUAAAGGGACAAGCUGUGGAUUACACUAUUGCUUCAAGAACCUUCAAACAGAGCCCUCAUUUUAAAAACUGGUUUAUGAAACCUUACAACUCUGAGGCCUUCAUGCAUACUGGACACUAAGGCCAGGAUCAUAAUGAGGAGGCAUGGUGCAAGGGCUUGAUUCUGAAGCAUUGUUCACCAUUGAAAACAAUCUGAAUUUCUUCCUCAACCCUUUGACAGAACAAAUCAGUGCCUCUCGGCACACUUCAACAGCUCCUUCAGAUUUACCUCUUUUGGAUGAGAAUUUCCCCAAUCUACUGCAAAUUUGGUUGAUCUGCAUUUUUCUUUUUCAUUGAUCGGCCAAUAAUGGACCGUGGGUACAAGGCUUCGUGUGAAGAAAUCAUAGUAGCGAGGGUUUAUGAUCAGACUCAUGGAAUCACAGGCAAGAAUAUACUUCUCACUCACUGACCACGAAACUCCUUCGACAUAAAUUUUAUACCUGCCACACAAAUCAUUGUGUGAAAGCUGGAACAAUGCGUAGUCUUGAAAUGUCUAGGAGUUUCACAACAACACACCUAUAUGUGCAUUGGUUCGCCAAAUCUGAGGUGUUGAAUCCCUGUGUUUUCUCAUGAAGCCAGUCCUGAAAAUGGCUAAUUGCAGUC